AUGGGCGGAUGUAGUCAGAAAUUUGUCUCAUCUUUCUUCCGCAGGGAAACAGAAGUCCAUUCUCGUGAGGUCCGCCUACAAGUCACCAUGUAUGAGGACUGCGUCAAGUCCACUGAGGACUAUUAUUUCCUCUGUGACAAUGAGGGGCCAUGGAGCACUGUUCUAGAGUCCCUGGCAAUAAUUGGCAUAGUAGUUACGAUUAUCCUACUCUUGGCGUUUCUCUUCCUCAUGCGAAGGGUUCAAGACUGCAGCCAGUGGAAUGUCCUUCCCACUCAGUUCCUCUUCCUCCUGGGUGUGUUGGGACUCUUUAGCCUCACGUUUGCCUUCAUCACUCAGUUCAAUCAGCAAACUGCCCCUGUACGCUACUUUCUCUUUGGGGUUCUCUUUGCUCUCUGUUUCUCAUGCCUCUUGGCUCAUGCCUCCAACCUGGUGAAGCUGGUCCGGGGCAGAGUCUCCUUCUCUUGGACAACAAUUCUGUGCAUUGCUAUUGGUGUCAGCUUGCUGCAGAUAAUCAUUGCCACUGAGUAUGUGACUCUCAUGAUGACCAGGGGUAUGAUGUUCAUGCAUAUGACACCCUGUCAGCUCAACGUGGACUUUGUUGUGCUCCUGGUCUAUGUCCUCUUCCUGAUGGCCCUCACAUUCUUCGUCUCCAAAGCCACUUUCUGUGGCCCAUGUGAGAACUGGAAGCAACAUGGAAGGCUCAUCUUCGUCACUGUGCUCAUCUCCAUCAUUAUCUGGGUAGUGUGGAUCUCCAUGCUCCUGAGAGGCAACCCACAGUUCCAGCGGCAGCCCCAGUGGGAUGACCCUGUCAUCUGUAUUGCCCUGGUCACCAAUGCAUGGGUCUUCCUGCUGCUGUACAUCAUACCCGAGCUCUGCAUUCUCUACAGAUCGAGCAAGCAGACUUGCCCUUUACCAGGCAAUGCCUGCCCAGCCCCAGCCUACCAAUGCAGCUUCAGAGUGGAGAACCAGGAACUCUCACGAGCCCGAGACAGUGAUGGAGCUGAGGAGGAUGUAGCAUUAACUUCAUAUGGUACCCCCAUUCAGCUGCAGACUGUUGAUCCUGUACAAGAGUGUUUCAUCCCACUGCCUAAACCAAGCUCCCAGGAAGACGCAGAAAUACAAAGUCCGUAG